CCACUCCAUCAUUCUUGUUUUUUAUUUUUUAUAUUCUCUCUCAAAUCACACAAGUCGUUCCCCCAACAAAGUCAAUUAGCCAAUGUUGUUAUUAUUCUGAUUAAAAUAUUUUUACUGUUAAUUAUUACAUUAUUAUUUAAUUUUUUAUUAUCUGUUUUCCGACUUCCGUUGUCAAUUUUCAAGUGCUCUGGUAUCGUCUCGGCGAUGUAAUCAUUUAGUAUAGAAAAUUAUUCAUGUAUGGUUGUAAUGUUUUAUUAAUGCUCGUGUUUUGAAUUGUUUCAUCAUAUCGUCAAAAAUGGAUAUGAAAAAUGUAUAUUAUAGCUGAUUAAAAUGGCUUCUAGAGAUAAGCAAUCUCAAUAUGUUGAUGGUCGACGUACUUGUCCACGGUAUAGUGGACCAGCUUCAAGUAAUGGUGACUAUGCUUAUGCUUAUUAUGAGCAUGGUCCUCAUGGGUCAGUCAAACCACAUUCAUGUUCAAAACAUAGUUAUAUCAACCGAUAUGGACGUGAAGAGAACAUAUAUGAAGAGAUUGGCACAUCUAAACUUGAUGAAGAAGUUAGAUAUGUCCAUUCAAAACAUUUACAGGUUUUGGAUGAAUUAAAUUUAUCAAUGGAAGCUAUGAUAAUGCCUGAUAAUGGUGCAUGUUUAAACAAUAAUGGUUCAUCUGGCCUCAAUUUAGGAACUUCGAGAGAUGGUUCACCAGUAAAUUUAAGUGUAGAUAGUGGGGUAGCUUGUGAUGCUAGUAGUUGUGGUACUAAUAGCCUAAGCCGGCCUCGAAAAUCUCAUUUUAGCACAAAAAGAUUUUGGAAUAAAAUGCCAACAUUAAUAUCACCCAGUCCGAGUAAAACAUCACUUCCUGAUGAGUCAGUACGAUGGCGACAAAAUUCAUGGGAUGAAGUAACUCAGUCAACUACUAUUAAUGAGCGACAUACUCCAUCACAAAAAAGUUCAAGUUCUGAUAGAGAUCCAGAACUUUCAUCAGAAGAAGAAAGUAACAAUUAUGAUGCUAGAAAUAAUGUUUCUAAAACAUUAAAAUGGACAAAAAGUUCUCCAGAUCCAGAUCCACCUUCUAGUCCUGGUUUAUUAUCGAGAUGGUUUUCAUUAAGAAGAUGCUCUCAAUAUGACCUAGAUGUUCGACCAAAUAGCAAAAUGCCUCUAUUACCAGAAGUAGAAGAAGACUGUUUUUCUAGACGACUUAUUCCACCAAGUCUUCCACCAGCACCUCCAGAUAUAUCUGAGCAAGAACUUAGACGUAGGUAUAUUGUUGAUGACAUUGUAAGAAGUGAAAAUUCUUAUUUAGCUACACUUCAUAGGCUUGUGAAUGAUUAUAAAAAACCACUGGAACAAAGUAUGCCAUCAAUCUUAAGUCAAUCAAAAAUUUCAAUUUUGUUUCAUCGAGUUCCAGAAAUACUUCAAUGCCAUACAUUAUUUAGAAUAGCAUUAGCUGAAGCUGUUGCAAACUGGGAUCGUGAUCAUAGAAUUGGUGAUGUGUUUGUGGCAUCAUUUAGUAAAGCAAUAGUGUUAGAUAUCUAUAGUGGAUUUAUUAAUAAUUUUUUAAAUGCAAUGGAAUUAGCUAAAACUGAAACCAAAAGAAAAGCAUCUCUAGCUGAAUUUUUUAAAAAUCGUCAAGAAGCAUCCCAUGAUCGUCUUUCAUUUUACAGUUUGAUGGUUAAACCUGUGCAACGAUUUCCACAGUUUAUUCUUUUCUUGCAGGAUUUAUUACUUAAUACAAGUUAUGGUCACCCAGAUAGAAUGUCUUUGCAGUUAGCUUUAACUCAAUUAGAAUCGUUAGCAGACAUGCUUAAUGAAAGGAAACGUGAGAGUGAACAGGCUCAAGCAUUUAAAGAAAUGUUGAAAUCUGUAUCUAGUAAAUUAGCUGUUCGUCCAAUAGCAGAUAGUAAUAGAUGCCUCUUGAGACAAGAUGAUGUUACUCAAAUUGAAAUAAAUCAUGGAGAAGUUAUUGGUAAAUGUAAACCUCGACGUUUGUUACUACUGAAUGAUUUAUUAGUGUGUGUCUCAGUCAAUAGUAAAGAUGACUCUAAUAGCACAUCUCAAAAAAGAUUAACAUUCAAAUGGAGUUUUCCAAUUUCUGAAAUUCAAGUUAUUGAUACAUUGUCAUUGCCAAGUGUUUCGCGUACAAUUGCUGGUAACACAGCAUCACAUAAUAGUAUUACUACAGAUAAUCUAUGUAAUGAAAUGAACCAUCUAAUGCAUGAUUAUCAAGUAAUCAGUCGAAUUGUUGAAUUAGCAUCAACACUAAAGGGCACAUAUUUGGAUCUUACUCCGGAACAUUUGAAAGGUGUUUUAAAUGCAAUACAAUGUGAAGUGCAAUAUAAAGGAGAUCAAGUAGCAUGGAUGGAUUCUUGUUGUCUCCAAUUGUUUAUAAACCGUCAAGGAUACACUUUUCAAAUGGAAAAUCCUGACUUACGUAAAGCUUGGAUAACUGAAUUGAGGCUUGCCCGCUUAGCAUUGGAUCCAAAUAAUUCUCCAGCUUGGGAAGUUCCUGAUCAAGAGCUGAUGCGUCCAAUGACAAAAAUGCCAUUGUUUGUUGGUGCUCACCCUAUAACAUCAUCCAGUAAACAAGCCGAAGUGACUUGUGGAUGUUUUUAUUCUUCUGGUUGUGGUAAAUUUUCAUAUUUGUGGGUUUGCACUACUAAUAUUCCAAUGAAUACACAUAUAGCCAUUAUGUCUGUUAAUAAUACUUGCAUUUUAAAACAAAUUACAACAUUAGACUUGCCACAAACUAUUGUAACAGCUAUAGAGUAUGUCAGAGCAUCAGAUACUGUUUGGAUGGGUACCAAUCAUAAAAGUAUUUUGAUUUUUAAUACUGCCGAUAUGUCUGAAGAAGCAAGUAUUUCAUUACCAGGCGAAGACGAAAGUCUGAGAGUUACGGCCAUUAAACACCAUUGUGAUACUGUAUUUGUAGCUUUAUCAAAUGGAUCUUUGCUUCUCUAUAGAAGAGGUAACCAAUCCAAAGAACCAGAGAUUGUUGUUUUGGGUCCAGAUGCACCCAUUACUUGUAUUUUGCCCAUUAAUUUAUCAUUGUAUGUGGCAUGUGGUAAACAAGUAUUUGUUUUGAGUGCCAUUACUGGAGAACUUCAAAAAAAUUUUACCAUUCACCAUGGAAAGAAUGUGAAUCACUUAGCUCAUUCUGGUGUUGGCCUUUGGCUUUCAUUAAUUAAUUCAACUACUGUUUGUUUAUACCAUACUGAAACAUUUAAACAUUUACAGGAUAUAAAUAUUGCAUCAAAUGUUAUUAGAUUAAAAGGUACUGCUACACCAGUUAAUGUUACUGCACUAAUGGCUUGUAAAGGGCUUUUAUGGGUUGGUACUGAUGCUGGUAUUAGCUUAACUGUACCUUUGCCUCGUUUAGAAGGUGUACCCAUAAUCAGUGGCAAAGUAAAUGUAUCUUACCAUGGACAUACUGGUCCAAUAUCCAUUUUAGUGCCCUUACAAGAUCCACCUACUGUUCUAAAGCGUCCACCUUCAAAAACAUUAGCUAGUGAUAUAUAUGACUUGUAUGGUCGUUUAAUGUGUGUUAAAGACUAUGAUAAAAAUGAAGAUGCUUUGAAUUCAAGUCGAUGGUCUUUGCGAUCCACUGAUGAAUCAACAGUACAACAUGUACGAUCAGAUGUAUCAAAAAAAGAUUUUACCUUAGUAACCGUAUCCUGUGGGCGAGGUUAUGUCAAUUAUCAGCAACCAUGUUGUUCGACAAUUGAAAAUAAUGCAUAUAUCAUACUUUGGGAGAUCAAGCUCUAAAUAUAUGCUGGUAAUUUAAUUUAAAUAUAUAAAAGUUGUAGACUAUUUUUUAUCUAUAAUCUACAGGGUGUUUCUGAAA